AGCCGCCAUCCGCGCCAAGCCAUGUCGCCAACCUCAUCAGACCUCUCGCGCAUUCCCUGGUGCGCCCACCUCCUCGCCGACGACCGCUUCGUCGUACGUCCCACCAGCUCGCGCCAACCCAAGUCUUCCGGCGAGGACUCGCUGAUCGCCGAAACCCUGCAAUCCGACCGCACCAUCCGCCUCUGGCUCACCCAGCACCGCAAGCCGGACCACGCCGCCUCCCCCGCCAUCCCCGCCGUCCGCGCCUUUCUCCAGCUCGGUGACGGCCUCAACGGCUAUCCUGCCACCUGCCAUGGCGGCCUCAUCGCGACCCUGCUCGACGAAAUCAUGGGGGUCUUGCUGACCGCCAAUGUCGACCACACCAACCGCAAUGCCAAGACCGCCAGAGGGCUCAGCUCCAUGACGGCCUACCUGAAUGUCAGCUACAAGAAGCCCUUGCCGCUUCCCGCUGUCAUCUUGGCCACGGCAAGAUACGCAAAGGUUGUCGGGAGGAAACAAUAUAUCUCUGCAGCUCUGGAAGACGGCAACGGCAGAGCCUAUGCCACCGCCGAAGCGCUAUUUAUAGAAAUCAAACCCAGUCUAUAAAAACCAAGAAGACAAGAAAGUCGAUGUAGGUAAUUAGUAGUUGGGUUUGAAGAGGAAUUGGGCUAGAGGCUCUAGGAAACUAAAUAGUUAUAAAAACAGAGAAGAAGUUAAUAGACUAUAAGAUAUCUAAUAGAGGAUUCCGUUUAG